AUGCCUUCACCACCAAUCCAAAUAUUCUUGACCACAAUCGCCUCGCAGCCGGCUCUGCGACAGCGACAAGAGUACCUCCUGAGGAUCCUUCAGGUCAAGAAGAUCCCGUUUACCUCUUACGAUCUGGCUUCAGACGAAGAAGCCAAGAAGCUUUGGAAGAGGAAAGCACCUCCUGCAAAUCAACAACUGCCUGGGAUACUGGUCGGCGGGCGCUGUCCAGGGGCACGUCAUCAAUGCUUCUACUUAGCCGCGGUCUCAAUCCCUGUGGUGCUCUUAUUCGACGUGACACUCAAUGCUCAUGGCAACAGUGAAGAAGCCGUCGAAUAUGGCGAACUGGAGACGUUCCUGCGACUAAAGGACUCUUGGAACGCGGAAAUCGAGGAAGACCGGCCAGCACCAGUGGCCAAGCCAAUCGGUGUACCAGGCGCGGUCGCGCCCUUACAGAUGACACCAGAACACCUCCGGUCGAAGAUCCUCGCACCCAUAUCGUCACCUUUGAAGGGCAAAGGCAAACCAUUGGCAGAGAACAAGAAGGAGGGAUUAUUUGAUCUAGGCGACGAAUUGAUUGGCUUCGGUCUGCAGGGUGUCAAGGUCACCGAGGACGAAUUGAUGAAUCUGGUUGCGGAGCUGGGCCUAGAUGGCGAUGAAGCCAAGGAUUUGGUGGAGGGUUUGAGCACGAACGCGCCGAAAGAUACCCAACCCGAGGCACCAAAUGACAAGGCGGCUUCUUUGACGUCGGAUGCUGCGAAGACUGUCAAUGAACCGGUCAAAGAGGCAGUGCCGGAGAAGGAGAGCGCGUCAGAGGACGUCAAGAAAGAAGUGGAACAGGUUAAGGAGACCGAGGGUUCCAAGUAA